AUGAUCGGACGAUCACUGUUCACUCUCCUUGCCUACCUGGCAUUAUCUGGUCCAGCCAUCGCUUUCCCCUUCCAUCCCCCGUCGUCGUCCGAGAUCGAGGACUCGAACAUUGAGAAACGGGGUCUGGUGGCAGGAUGGACAAGUCUCGGCUGCGUGGUCGAUGCCCAUACUCGGGUUCUGAGUGAAAGCUUCAAGACUACAAAAUCAAUGACCACAGAGUAUUGCCUUACAUAUUGUGCACAGAAAGGUUUCACCUAUGCCGGAACAGAGGAUUCUAGCCAGUGCUGGUGCGGAAACUCAAUACCGCAAGGACUCGGUACCAGUGCAGCAGGAUGCAAUGCAGCCUGCGGGGGUAAUGCUAAUGAAAUAUGUGGAGGUCCUUGGCGAUUAUCCUUCUAUUUCCACCAAGUGUACAAGCAAAGCAAGGUCUCCACCUCUUCCAGCGCCAAGUCGUCGUCGUCUUCAAGCACAAUCAAGACUUCUUCUUCUUCUACCACCAAGACUUCUUCUUCUACCACCACCAUUAAGACGACGUCUACAACCACCACUACUACCAAGACUGUCCCAACGACGACGACAACCAAAACUCCAUCUCCUACCACCACCACCACUACGACCACAAGGUCUACUCCUACGACCACCACUACCACGACGACCACAUCCACGCCCUCACCUUCUCCACUGCCUGCGAACCCAGCCGGUGCCAACAGCGUUUUCGGCGUGGCCAACCCACCCGGAAGCAACAGUCAAAAAUCACUCUAUGUGCACCACAUUGUCGGAAACACCUACAGCUAUUCCGUCAGCGAUUGGAUGAAUGACAUGAGUCAAGCCUCCGCCGCUGGUAUCGAUGGAUUCGCACUCAACUUUGGAAAUCUCUACUGGGAAUUCACACAGAUGGACAAUGCGUAUGCCGCUGCCAAUCAACUAGGAGGCAACUUCAAGCUGUUCCUAUCGAUCGACUUUUCUGCCAAUUCAUGUAGUGGUGCAUCGGAUGCCGACUUUUUGACAUCCCUCGUCCAGAAAUAUGCUUAUAACAAUGCUCAAGCAACGUACAAUGGGAAACCCAUGUACGCUUCAUUCUCUGGAUCAGGCUGCAACUUUGGUCAAGACAACUUCAACGAUGGGUUCAACUACUUUGAUCAAUUGUUGAGCAACAAGGGAGUUCAGGGCUUCUUUGUCCCUUCCAUCUUUGUCGAUCCGUCCCAAUACAGUGGAUUCAAUUGGAUGAAUGGCGAGUUGAAUUGGAAUUCCGGAUGGCCAAUGGGCGACUCGCCUCUCGACACGUCGAGCGAUAAUCAAUACAUGGGUGAUCUCGGCGGUAAAGCGUACAUGCCGGCCAUCUCUCCAUUCUUCUUCACCUACUAUGGACCGAACAGCUACAACAAGGAUUGGAUCUACCGUUCCGACGAUUGGCUCCUGGCCAGGAGAUUCGAACAGAUCGUUCAAAUGAGGAACCAGGUGGAUUUCGCGGAAAUCAUCUCCUGGAAUGACUUUGGCGAGAGUCACUACGUUGGACCCAUCCGCCAAGUGUCCACCCCAUGGUCGGUCUCGAUGCCUCACACUCCACUCCUGCCCCUCAUCAAUUACUACAGCUCGGCAUUCAAAUAUGGUUCUUACCCCAGUAUCAACACGGACCAGAUCUUCCUCUGGUCAAGACCUCACUCCAAGUGGGCUCAACCUUAUGCCCCGACACUUUCCAAACCCAACAACUGGCAGAACACAGAUGACAACCUAUACGUCGUCAUGCUUCUUUCUCAACCUGCGGUCGUGACCAUCUACUCGGGAUCCAACAAGGCCAUGUGGAACGCCCCCGCAGGAGUGGCGAAGCUGAGCGUACCGAGUCUCCCGGGAAGUAUCGGUGCCUCUAUCGCUCGAAACGGAGCUACCGUCAAGAGUUAUGAUUCGACAGGACAAUUCUCGUACACUUCGAACCCUGCGGACUAUAAUUUCAACUAUUUCGUGGCCAAUGCUUAG